AUGCAGGCGGCGGGAGCUGCAGUGGGGACGGGGGUGGAGGCUGAAUCCCCUCCUGCCUCUCCCGCUCGGCGAUCUGCUGCCCGUCGGCACUCUGGGAUUCGAGUGGCUCCCCGCCUGGCGGUGGGCGCGCUGCCCCGCCGGCGUGCAGACGUUCACCGCCUGCUUGAGGUGGAGGCUCAUGUGCUCGUUCGUCUGGGCCACGUGCGGUCGUUUGUGGCCUUCGUUGGUCUGAUGAUCGACAAUGCUGCUGCGGCUCUGGAGGAUGUCCCCGAGGAGGUGAGCGUGAUGAACCACGCGCAGAUGCGGGCGAGUCGGGAUGGCGCGUGGGUGCUGCAGCACGAGUUGGAGCGGGCUGAAAUGGAGCCCGACGGAGAGCUUGCGUUGGGCGCGGCGGUGGCCGACGUGAUGAGGGUGGUGGAGUCGCGAGUGCGCUCGCGGUCAGCCGUAGACGUGCUGCGAGGCCUCGCGGGAGCAGCGGGCAACAAGCUGGGAGGCGACGUGGCUCUCUCUCUCUCGGACACGCUCAUCAAGAAGAUGCCACACCUCGCUGCACUUGACAUUGGCAGCAACGCCUUCACGGGCAGCAUCCCCGGCCCCCUCUCCUCGCUCACUGCCCUCACACAGCUGUGGCUGGGGCACAACCAGCUGUCGGGAUCCAUCCCCUCUUCCCUCGGCCAGCUUGCCAAUCUCCAGUCUCUCAAGGUGGACGGCAAUAAGAAGCUGAGUGGCGCCAUACCCGAUGCUCUGGGCGCACUCACCAAUCUCAGAGAGCUUGAGAUGAAUGACACCAGUCUGGCAGGCACCAUCCCUCCCACCAUCGGCAACCUCAGCCAGCUCGCUCAGUGGGGCGCGGCCAACACGGGGCUGCAGUGCCCUGGCAGCGGCAGCAGCUGUGGGGGAGUGAAGCAGCACUCCGCCACCACCUUCUGUCUCGACAUCUGCCCCUCCUUCUGCACCGCCUGCACGCCCGCCAACUUGGCAGCAGAGCCGCUGGUUCUGCAGCAGCCAGCUUCCCCUGCUACACCAGCAACACCACCCAACAAGGCCAGCACCCAGAUAUUGCCUGCACCGGCAUCUGCUGCUUGGGCCUUGCUGGCUGUUGUGCUGCUCGUGGCACCUGUGUAG